AUGCGCACGUGCGUACGCUAUUGCGGUGACCCAACACCAGACCGUGGUACAGUAAACACCACAGAAACAACGGUUGGAACUGUUGUUCAAAUAUCAUGCAAUCACGGUUACGUACUGAGCGGAGCAAACAUUGCCAAAUGCAACGAACACUCUGUCUGGUCUGAAUCAGCUACGUGUAAACCAUAUGACUGCGGUAGCGCUGCCCCAGUCAAUGGUGUAGCCACAGCUCACAAUGGCACUACCUACCAGAAGCAGGCUACAGUGCAGUGUAACCCAGGAUACACACUAAGAGGCCCAUCCGUGAUAGAGUGCAAUGCAACCGGCUGGAAUGAGUCUGUCUCAUGUAAUCAAAAUGGCGGUUGGACAUCAUGGUCUUCGUGGAACACGUGCAUUUCUCGGCAUAGAAAAAUGUGUGAUCGUUCAUUAAUGAGCAGAAAGCGAGAAUGUUCCAACCCGAAACCUUCUCCCUAUGGUCAGCAGUGCAAUGGAUCCAGGUCGGAUAUUAUAUCGUGCGAUACAUGCCAGACCGCAUCCAGUUCAAACACUGAUUCAGUGUCAUAA